UCACUUGAAAACCUUCUGUUUGUUUUCAAAUGUGUAUGACCAUGCCUGAUUUUGCAGGCUCAGAUUACAAAAUUAUUAUAGGUUUUCAGAAGCACAUGUAUCAGUAAGUGUAACAAAUUUUUAUUUUUGGCUAUUGGUUAAUCAGAGCAAGACACUGGAUCUCCAGUUGGGCACCAGAUGUUUUUACUGAUGAAAAAAAGAAAGCAUUCAGAGCUUUUACAUCUUACGUUAUUACUUUGAUCAUAUAAGGAAUAAUAGUGACAUUUCAUUCUCUGGAAAGUAUGGUGAGGAUUUUCCUUCAUAUUGACACAAUAUAUUAUUCAAUGAAUCAGUUAGUGUAGAACCCGUUUAAAAGACCUGAAAAUGCAGUGACAGCCAAGAAGGAUAUUUUGAAGUUUGAAGUGAUCCCUAUAUAAAUAGAACGGAUCAGCAUAACUUUGGGAUAAAAUUAGCCGACAGUUUGUGGACUCUCCAGCAUGUGCCUGUUUGCUUGGUGCUGCUCUCCUGAUAAACCACAACAAAGCUUCAGAGGGAGAGGAAGGAUGGACGGCACCGUUGCCCCAAGGACUAAAUCUGCAGCUGCCAAGCUAGUUAAGAGAAAUUUCCUUGAGGCUCUAAAGUUAAAUGACUUCGGAAAAUUGAAGGCCAUUUUAAUCCAAAGGCAAAUAGAUGUGGACACAGUUUUUGAAGUUGAAGAUGAGAAUAUGGUUUUGGCAUCUUAUAAACAAGGGUAUUGGUUGCCUAGUUAUAAAUUAAAGUCUUCCUGGGCAACAGGCUUGCAUCUCUCCGUCUUGUUUGGUCACGUGGAGUGUCUUCUGGUGCUACUGGACCACAAUGCUACAAUCAACUGUAGGCCCAAUGGGAAAACCCCUCUUCACGUGGCUUGUGAAAUGGCCAACUUGGACUGCGUGAAGAUCCUCUGUGACCGUGGAGCAAAGCUCAAUUGUUAUUCCUUAAGUGGACACACAGCUUUACACUUCUGUACAACUCCAAGCUCCAUUCUCUGUGCCAAGCAAUUGGUUUGGAGAGGGGCGAACGUGAACAUGAAGACCAACAAUCAGGAUGAGGAGACGCCCUUGCACACGGCAGCGCACUUCGGUCUCGCAGAGCUGGUGGCCUUCUACGUGGAGCACGGGGCGGUAGUGGACAGUGUGAACGCCCACAUGGAGACCCCAUUGGCUAUUGCAACCUACUGGGCCCUCCGCUUUAAAGAGCAGGAGUACAGCGGGGACCACCACCUCGUCUGCCGCAUGCUGCUCGACUACAACGCCGAGGUCAACGCCCGGGAUGACGACUUUAAAUCUCCACUCCACAAGGCAGCCUGGAACUGUGACCACGUGCUCAUGCACAUGAUGCUCGAAGCUGGUGCCGAAGCCAAUCUCAUGGAUAUCAAUGGCUGUGCUGCCAUCCAGUACGUGCUGAAGGUCACCAACGUGCGACCUGCGGCCCAGCCCGAGAUCUGCUACCAACUACUGUUGAACCAUGGGGCUGCCCGAAUAUACCCUCCCCAGUUCCAUAAGGUGAUACAGGCUUGCCAUUCAUACCCCAGAGCAAUCGAAGUUGUAGUCAACGCCUAUGAACACAUCAAGUGGAACGUAAAGUGGAAAAGAGCUAUCCCUGAUGAUGACUUGGAGAGAUACUGGGAUUUUUACCACUCUCUCUUCACCGUGUGCAGUAACUCUCCAAGGACUCUCAUGCAUCUAUCGAGAUGCGCCAUUCGAAAAACGCUACACAGCAGAUGUCACAGAGUAAUUCCUUUGCUUUCCCUCCCAUUGUCAUUGAAAAAGUACUUGCUUUUAGAGCCAGAGGGAAUCAUUUAUUAAGCCUUAUGAGACAGAAGCUCUCAAUCCUAGAUAUUUAAGUGGACUCGCUGGGUAGACACAGUUUGCAUAAAUAAAAUGGUACUUGGAUUGAUUAUAACACUUCAGGGAUUUUAAAACACUUUACAAACACGAUGUCAUUAAUCCUAGGGUAUCAUGGUGAGGGGAAAUAAACAAGAAGUAAAGUUAAGCAUUCUUAGAGACAGGAAUGUAUCCAGAAGGUACUGACAUAACAAUAAUAACUAAUAUGUAUAGUGCACUUACUAAGUGCCUAAUAUAUUUU